AGAAACAGGGGCCGAGGCACUGGAGAUUAGGCCGAGGUGUUCCCAGCCUGGUUUCCACAUCUGCCCAGUUCACGGCGGAUUCACUCCUCACAGCUUUUUUUUUUUUUCUUUUCUGCAACGUGAGUGGCAUUGCCUCGCAGUGAUUUCCGUGGGCGUCGCUAAAGAAGGACCUGGGAGGAGAGGAAGCCGCCCCAAACUGGCCACGCUCCAGAAGGCGUGGAAGAUUCCUCCGCGUUUCCCAUUUUAACUCGGCGUGAGCAGCGCUCUCUUCCCGGGCAUCGGUGGUCCCGGCACGUUGUGGGUGGGGUUCAUUGCCCAGACGCUCCGUGUAAUUCGGAGAGAGAAAAACCACCGUUUUCCAGCAUUUCUCGUGGAGGAGGAGACCUAAGCGAUAGGAAAAUGUCUGUUUUCCCUAAAAUAUCUUUGAGACUUGAGGUUGAAAACUAUCUGAAAGCGGGCUUUAUGAAUGAGGAGGUUGUAUCUGCUUUAGGUAAAGAAGAAGCAGAAAGGAAGUUUGAAACUCUGUUACAUAAGUUGUCCCACCCUCCAUCAUUCACUACUGUCAGAGUAAAUACGCAUCUAGCCUCAGUACAACAUGUGAAAAAUCUGUUAUUUGAUGAGCUUCAGAAGGAAGAAUAUAAAACAACAGCCCUGUGAAGUUAUUGUUGGAGCCCAGUGUGGCAAUGCAGUCUUACGAGGAGCCCACGUCUAUGUUCCAGGAAUCGUGUCAGCCUCAAAGUUUAUGAAAGGUGGAGAUGUUGUUUCCGUGUACUCUGAUAUUAAAGGCAAAUGUAAGAAAGGAGCCAAAGAAUUUGAUGGAACAAAAAUAUUUCUUGGAAAUGGGAUUUCUGAACUAAGCCGCAGAGAGAUCUUCAGCAGGCUCCCUGAACUGAAAGGCAUAGGCGUAAGAAUGACAGACCCAGUGUAUCUGAGCCCCUCAUUUGACAACGUACUGCCUAGCUACUUAUUUUUACAAAAUUUGCCAUCUGCUGUGGUAAGUCAUGUUCUGGAUCCUCAGCCUGGAGAGAAGAUUCUAGAUUUGUGUGCGGCCCCUGGAGGCAAAACAACACACAUUGCAGCGCUGAUGCGCGAUCAGGGAGAAGUGAUAGCACUGGAUAAAAUAUCCAACAAAGUAGAAAAAAUAAAGCAGAAUGCGUUACUGUUAGGGCUAAAUUCCAUCAGGGCAUUUUGCUUCGAUGGAACAAAGGCCCUUAAACUUGAUAUGGUUAAGGACACAAAUGGAGAACCUCCGUUCUUACCAGAAUCUUUUGACCGAAUUCUUCUGGAUGCUCCCUGCAGUGGAAUGGGACAGAGACCAAACAUGGCUUGUACUUGGACUUUGAAGGAAGUGACAUCAUAUCAACCAUUACAGCGAAAACUCUUCACUGUGGCAGCUGAGCUGCUGAAGCCGGGGGGCGUGCUGGUGUAUAGCACGUGCACUGUCGCCCUAGCAGAAAACGAAGAGCAGGUCGCCUGGGCCCUCGAGACGUUUCCUCACCUUCAGCUUCAGCACCAGGACCCUCAGGUUGGAGGAGAAGGGAUGCUGGGAGCUGGCCUGUCAUCUGAACAACUGAAACGGCUGCAGCGAUUCGAUCCCUGUGUGAUGCCGUCACAGGACAGCGACACUGGUUCUCUCAGAGACGCCAGGAUAGAAGACGUGAUUUGGCUCGCAAAUAAGGAUUGUAUAGGCUUUUUCAUUGCAAAAUUUGUAAAAUGCAAAAGCACCUAGGAGAAGGAUCCUUAGAGAUGAAAGUUCCAAACGUUUUACAUGUUUUUUUUUUAAACCAAAAACUGUUGUCAGGCCACAUGAUUGAUGCUGUGGUUGCUGAGGAAACAGAAAAGGCUGCCGGCUGUCCCACCAGGAAUCAAGAGACUGUACUACACAGAGGAGAUUAAAAAUGAGACUGUUGCACUGUUCGGGUACCUUUUAUCAUCUAAUGGAAUACAUGCAAGUUCUUAGAGAUGUGAUUGGUGAGAAAACCAUCUUGUGAGAGCUGGGAAGUGGCCACUCUCAGCCAGGCCUUGGUGUUCUCCCUCUGAACAGAAGCGACUCCACAACACCUUCCCCAGGCCAAGCAGCUGUGACUACAUCAAGACGAAACAAGACCACUUCACCAUCAAACCUGAAAUCACCCAAACUGCACAAGUGACCAAGCAUCACCCAUGGUGGCCAGUAUAAGUGGACGGCCUUUUUAAAAUGAAUUGUAACUGUCUCGGUCUCCAUUAGGAAUUUCUUGAAACUUCCUUGGAUCCGUGAAGAAUGCUCAUCUCACCUCGGAUCAGCAUGACUCCUGACGUGUUAGUGAGAUUAUCCAGGGCUAGCAGCAUCGUGUCACUGAGCAAAGGGCGAGGAAUUACAUUUGUCACCAGAAGGGAUCUUCAUUUUAGAAAGGAAAAGUACAGUUCAGCAUCGAAGGCAAGAAUUGCAGAACACAUAGGAUGAAGGUGGGAGAAAGUUGGCUUUGCCGUGCUCAGGCCUUCAGAGGCCUUUGACCUGCCGGAAGCUGUCACUUUUCAGAUGUCGUGGGGAGAAGACCACAACCCAUCAGUGACGGGCAGCAACCCCCAGGAUGAUGCGCCACACACGGGAAGUGCAGGCACCCGGCUCACGCUGGAGACACUUAAGGGGCUCGGUGUUCCACCUCAUUCUGGACAGGGCUGCCCGACUGGAACGAGCACUGCCCCGGAGCCCGGGACCCCAGUGAUGCGAGCGGAGAAGGGAGCGCCCCUCACCUGAUGACUGAUUUCCAGGAAGAUUCCUUCACACAAGGUCAUGGACCCAUCCCUACAGAAUUCAGUAUGCAUUCUGAACGCUUCUGCGUCAAGAGCUGACAUUUUCAAAAUCACUGGAGAGGACAACCGAAUUCAUCACUGAUGGUGGCUUUCCUUCUUGCCCCCGAUUUUCUUAUUAAUUUACCUGUCGUGCUACUAGGUGAACAGGAAGAUUGCUUUGUUCACGGGAUGACACAGUUGUUUAGGGUGGAUCCGACUGUAAAUGGGCUCCUCUACUGCACAUAACAGAAAGGAUAAUGAUUCAUCAUCUCUUCUUUGACCUGACACACUUAAUGCUAUUUUAACAAUGAGGAUCAUGAUUCUGACAACUCUCCAGGGCUUCCACAAAUGAACGUAACCGGGUUUCAGACAGAAAAGAAUUCCUGUCAAGAAUCUUUUCAUCCCCAGCCCUUCCUUUCCUAUUUUCUC